GGGCGGCGGAAGGGCCCGCGCGGAGCCGGACCCGCCGGAGGAAGCUGCCGCCGACGCCGCCGUCGCCCUCGCUCCGCGCCCGAGCCGGGAGGGGAGAGGCCUGCACAGCCCCAACAUGAACAAGUUGAAAUCAUCGCAGAAGGAUAAAGUGCGUCAGUUUAUGGUCUUCACACAAUCUAGUGAAAAGACAGCAGUGAGUUGUCUGUCUCAAAAUGACUGGAAGUUAGAUGUUGCAACAGACAACUUUUUCCAAAAUCCUGAACUUUAUAUACGAGAGAGUGUUAAAGGAUCAUUGGACAGAAAGAAGUUGGAACAACUAUAUAACAGAUACAAAGAUCCUCAAGAUGAAAAUAAAAUUGGUAUAGAUGGUAUACAGCAGUUUUGUGAUGAUCUAGCUCUUGACCCAGCCAGCAUUACUGUCCUCAUUAUUGCAUGGAAAUUCCGAGCUGCAACACAGUGUGAAUUUUCAAAGCUGGAAUUCAUGGAUGGAAUGACUGAGCUAGGAUGUGACAGCAUAGACAAACUGAAGGCCCAGAUUCCUAAAAUGGAACAAGAAUUAAAAGAGCCGGGAAGAUUUAAGGACUUCUAUCAGUUUACUUUCAACUUUGCAAAGAAUCCGGGACAGAAAGGUUUAGAUUUAGAAAUGGCCAUUGCCUACUGGAAUUUAGUACUUAAUGGAAGAUUUAAAUUUCUAGACUUGUGGAACAAAUUUUUGUUGGAACAUCAUAAAAGAUCAAUUCCUAAGGAUACCUGGAACCUUCUUCUAGACUUUAGUACAAUGAUAGCAGAUGAUAUGUCUAACUAUGACGAGGAAGGGGCAUGGCCAGUUCUUAUUGAUGACUUUGUGGAAUUUGCACGCCCUCAAAUUGCUGGGACAAAAAGUACAACAGUGUAGCACUAAAGGACCCUUCUAGAGAGUGUACAUAGUCUGUACAAAUACCUGAAAUGGAAAAUUGCACAGUCAAUUUCUGCUGGCUGGACUGAACUGAAGAUCAAUUCUCACAAUAUGGCUGAGAGUUGAGACAAACCUUUAAGGAUACAUCUUGGACCAUAUCAUAUUUCAUUCUUCUACUGGUGGUUUGGGCUUUUCUUCUAGUCUGGACCACUCUUGCCCAUUAAAAUUCCAACGUUGUGGAUUUCAUCAUGGAUAUUUUUUUUUUGUGGACCACCCUAAUUUGAUCUCCCAUAACUCCUAGAAGCUUUAUAAUUAUUUUGAGGUUUCUGGUUUCAUAUGAAGCACAAUGCCGGUCAUCAUCAGACAGCUGUUGUACGACAUCUGAAUUAUACAGACCAACAUCAAAACAAUUUUUAAAAGAAUCCUUAAAUAUACACUUGGGGCCGGUUGCAAAGACUGUAUUGAUAGCACUUCCUGCAAGAGUGAUAUAUUUAAGUGUACUGGGUCCGAUUGUUGGUUUUUUUUCUUUUCUGGAAAAGUGCAGGUAUUGUCUAAGCAAGUUUGAGUAAAAACAAGUACAGAAGUAAACAAGAAAAACCAAGGUUGAUGAUACUGGGGUACCUUGGUGCCUAUUGGAAUGGUUUGAUUGUACAUCAGCUGACCAUGAGAGCAGUUGAGGUAUGACACAACUACUGUGCACUUACAGCACCUGUGUUCAACGUUACAGUCGGCCUCCAGUGACCACCACUGAGAGAAGCUGUGUGUGUCAUGAUAGAAUCUAAUAUUCUCUAGGUUACUAUCUAAGAAAUCAGAUUCCAAUUCAGUUUUGAAAUGCUUAUCUGUCUGUUAAAGGAAGAUUUUUCAUUUCUGUGGAAAUCUAAAACUUGAAUAUACUGAAUUUGUGUCUUAUGUUUGCUACACAGUGCAGUAUUUUAAAGUGGGACAUGGAAUUUUUAUGGUUGAGGUGUGACAAAACAAAUGGCCCUGUUGUACGAGAAGCUGGUGAGUUUGAUGUGAAUCUAGGUUUUGAAACCAAUAUCCUGAGAAAUAAGUUAAACCUUUAUAACAUACAGGUACUGCCGUUACGGAUGACACUCAUUUUCUAAUUAUUUUGUUGAGUGUUCCUUAAAUUGACAUAUCACUGUGGUUGCCAAAUAUAGAAAUUAGGAGUAAAGCUUUCCCAAACAAGCACAGAUCAGAUAUAAAAUAACUACACAGGCUUUGCUUAAAUUAUUUUGUUGAUCCAUCACUACUUAUUGUCUUACUGCAUUUAACUAAAUCCUUUUGUUCAAAACAGGUUUUAUCAGAUGCAUUUCUUCUUUAUUUUUAAUACUGCAAGAGCUCUUGAGCUGCUUUUGUGCUAAAUGUGGUCUUUUACUCCUCAGUUAGUUACUUGUGAAGAGAUUUGAUUAAAUGCUACUCUGUUAAACAAGCUGGGAAGUACCAAGCUCCAGGGGAAAAAAACGGCUCUAGUUACAAGUGGGGAUGGAGGUUUGAGUCCGUGCUCUAAGUAGUCCUGUGAUAAGGCCAGAAUUGUUUUGAAAUGAUUAAUUGGUACUUGCACUGAAGAGCAGAAUGCUAAAAGUAUUUUAGGAAAAAAAUUGACUAUUAAGCUACUAAAAAUUUAUUUGCAUUCUCUGCAGUUGAGCGGAAGGCUCUGGCUCCCCUUAGUGCAGCUCCUUUAAGAAAACCCAAAUGUGCAUUUGUUUCAGGAAUACAGUUCCACAAAACCAUCGCAGACUGGAAUUGGCUAUGCCAAAAAAAAAUGUGUUUUGCUGCUUUCAGUAUUUCCUUUCUCAAUUUUGUGUAAAUAUAAAUGGGGACUUGAACUUACAGGGGCCGAGGGGUGGAAGGAAGCUCUACCGGGGAUCUCUGCGUGCUGUUUCUGUCUGAGGGUUUUGGUACAGUCUCCAGUCGAUCAGGUAUGCUGUGCUUAGGGAGAAGAACUGACACUUGCUUUUUAUCCCAACAAGGACUCGUGAUCAGAGAGUCUGAGACUGGGGAGCGGCGUCAGGCUGUGGUGUUUUAAAGAAUAUUCCUUCUGAACGCAAGAGCUUUUCAACAAAAUAGUGUUGUCAUCAGUUUGGUACUACACACUUAUAAUUACUGUGUAAUUAUAAAGAAAUACAUAAAACUUUGUCUAAUUAUGUUGCAGAAAAGGGUUAUUUGUGCUAUGAUGGCAUCUUAAACAUUUUCAAAAUGAGUGAAGCUGAAAGCAACAUUGAUUUAACAGGGUGUUGUUUUAAGGACAAAAUGCCUGGUUACAGGGAAUAUUUUGUAUCGAAUCGUGCUCAGAUGUGGCCAUGUGUUUUUUCCUUUAUAUAUUUGUGUGGUUUUUCUUUUUUUUUUUAAGAAUGCAGACAGUUGCUUCCUUGGAUUGCUUUAAUUCGUAAGUGCUUAUGUCUUCAAUUUGAUCAUCUCCCCUUAUAUGGAUCGAUUUAAUUUUGCCAAAUGUCGGGAAAAAAAAGGUGAACGUAAAGUUUGUAACCUGUUUUUAUACAUUAAAUAUGUACAAAAUUAGAAGUGCCCUGAUAUAAAACACUUAAUCUCAAGAUUAUAUUUAGUAAAAAAAAAACCCUCAUUUACAUAUCUCUGUAAAUUGAAAUGUAACUUCUUACAAUCCCUCUCAUUACCAACAGAGGCAAUAAAGCUCCAGUGAAAUUGC